UUAUGUGAAGUAACUGAAGUCACACAUCUUAAAGGGUUAGUUCACCCAAAAAUGAAAAUUAUGUAAUUUAUUAUUAAUCACCCUCAUGUCCUUCUACACCUAAUACAUGGUAGAUCAUUGGAACGUUUUAAUUAAAUUAUAAAAAUGCAUUAAAAAUAUUAAUGCAAAGUGUCAUUUAACCUCAUAUUUCUCUCUUUGAAUUAUUUUUAUGCACUGUUACAAUGCAAUUAAACUGUUUUUCUUUCAUUUCAGACCUGAUGGAUGAGAUUGAAGAACUGAGUGAAGUGGAGGAGAAACAUCCUGACAAACCUGGAGAAAAACCUUUGAAUCACUCAAAGACUAAAAAGACAUUUUUAAAGAAAAGAAGAGCCAAGAAAUCUACAACCUGCAUUCAGUGUGGAAAUAGUUUCUCAACCAAACAAAAUCUUGAGCGUCACAUUAGAGUUCACACUGGAGAGAGACCGUUCACAUGUGAUCAAUGUGGAAAGAGCUUCAAAGGAAAAGGAAAUCUUAAGGAACACAUGAUGAUCCACACUGGAGAGAAGCCGCAUGUAUGUGAUCAAUGUGGGAAGAGUUUCAGUCAAUCAGCACAACUUAGGAAACACAUGAGGAUCCACACUGGAGAGAAGCCAUUCACAUGUGAUCAGUGUGGGAAAACAUUCAAAACAUCAACAGUUCUGAAGACACACCUGACAGUUCAUACGAAGGAGAAGCCACAUUCAUGUUCUUUGUGUGGACAGAGUUUUUCACGGCUGCCAUAUUUACAUAAACAUGAGAAAAUACAUAGUGGUGUAAAAGAUCAUAUGUGUUUUGAGUGUGGAAAGACUUUUACUACAGCGAUCUGUUUAAAACAGCACCAGAGGAUUCACACUGGAGAAAAACCUUACAUGUGUUCACACUGUGACAAGAGAUUCAGUCAGUUAACAAGUUGGAAAACACAUGAGAGGAUCCACACUGGAGAAAAACCUUACAAGUGUUCACACUGUGACAAGAGAUUCAGUCGGUCAGAACAUCUGAAAACACAUGAGAUGAUUCACACUGGAGAGAAACCUUACAUGUGUUUACUUUGUGACAAGAGAUUCAAUCAGUCAUCACAUCUGAAAACACAUGAGAAGAUGCACAGCAGAAAGAAGCUGCACACAUGUGAUCAAUGA